AGUAUUCAUGAAUAAGAACUAAUUCAUCGAGAUUUACAUAUUGGUAAUAUACUUAGUUUUUUAUCUUAAGUUACGGUAACUGAUAUGGGAUUAUGUAAACCUGCAGAUUAUAAUGUAUCGGAAAAUCCAAAAAUCAGUAUAUAUGGUGUUUUACCUUAUAUUGCUCCUGAAGUUUUAAGAGGACAAAAUUAUAUUAAAGCUGCUGAUAUUUAUAGUUUUGGUAUAAUUAUGUAUGAGGUAAUUUCUGGACUACCUCCAUACCAUGAUGUAAGCCAUGACAAAAAUUUAGCAAUAAAAAUUUGUCAAGGACUUAGAUCAAGAUUUAGUAAUAUUAAAGUACCCCAAUUGAUUGUGAAUUUAGUCAAAAGAUGCUUGGAUGCAAAUCCAAUAAAUCGACCGGAAGCAGUAGAAAUUCGAGAUAUCUUAUGGCAAUGGUGGAUUGGUGAUGAAGAAUUACAAAAACAAUUUAAACAAAUUGAAGAAUCAGAAAAAAUCAAUACUAGUCUACCAGCUAGCAGUAUACCUUUGACAAGUUUAUCAUAUGAAACUCAUUCAGAAGCUGUUUAUACAAGUAGAUUACUUAAUUUUAAUAAUCUUCCUGAACCAAAAAAUUCUGAUGAUUAUUACAAUGAACAAAAUGACAAUAUAAUUAGUGAAAAAUUUUCAGAAUCUUUACAAAUUGAUAUUUCUCAAUUGAAAAUUAAUGAAAUUUAAUAAAGAUGGUUAAAAUAGUAAAUCUAAAGGUUAAAAAAAUAUAUUUUGAGAGAUGAUUUUAAUCAGACUAUUUAGAUUGAAAGUAAUAUUUUGCGUAGUUCGUGAAUCGUGAUAUGUUAUCGUGAGCAACUUUUUUUUUUUGUUUUAAAUUUUUUACAAAUUUCUAUUUAUUAUUGUAUUUAAAUUUUUUAUUAAAUAAAAUUUUCGAUCAUAUAUAAUCAUGUUAUUAAUUUAAAUAUCAAGUAGCG